AUGAUCGAACUUUCUGCAAAGUUAACAACUGGGACUGUUUAUUUGGCUGGCGAAGCCUUGGAAUGCUGUAUAUCAUUUUGUUACACCGCUCAACCAGAGCACAGGAAUUCACAAAGCCACUAUGAUGCUUUAGAAAACUUAGCAUGGGCUUCAGCUCAGAUCCACUGCUUCUAUUCCACGUCCAAGAAUACAGGAGACAAGACUCCAACUAUAGGGAAGACCACCUCUUUGGAAGUUACCUCUUGUGAUAUUGGAGAUGUUAUAUUCCAUACAAAGCCUAAGAUACUAUUCUGUGAUUUGACUAUUCCUUUGGGUGAAACUAAAACUUUCUGGUACAGAGAAUCACUGCCAAUUGAAGCCCCGCCUUCAUACAGAGGGACAUCAGUAAAAUACUCCUACAAGAUCACAAUAGCUACACAGAAAGUUGGAUCCCACAUCAAAAUGGUCCGGAUACCAUUCCGAGUGUUACCAAUCAGUCCUAUAAUGAACAUGCAGGAUUUGGCAGCUCUGUGUGGAAAUGAGACCACUGAGGAACUGCAGCCAACCAACCCUUUCUCCGAAGAAAGGAAGGUUGAAACACCUUUGACUAUGGCUUUGCAAGUUUUACAGAAUCUCACAGCCAGAAGGAGUCCAAACUCUUACAUGAUAACAAACACCAGAGGUAAAGUGGGCCGGUUCUGUCUCUUCAAGUCAGCUUACAAGCUGGGUGAGGACAUUGUGGGCACAUUCGACUUCUCUGUGGGCACAGUCACUUGUAUGCAGGUGUCAGUAUCUUUGCAACCUGAAGAAGUGAUCAAAUCAAAGUCUCCAUCUAAAAAUAUGAACAAAGACACCAGUAGCAGAUCUAUGACAGUGGCAAGGUACCAUGAAGUAACUCUAGGAUUGACACAGUCACAGUUGAUACUACCGAUACCUUUGCACAUUACUCCAGCAUUCGAAGUUGAUGAUGUGUCCCUAAGUUGGAGACUCCAUUUCGAGUUUGUGACAACCAAUGAGAAGCUCUUGCCUAACCCAGAAGAGAAGGAUUGGACUGCUCCCCUGAAUGUACCCAUAGAGACCAUGGUCUGGAACCUACCAGUCAAGAUCUAUUCCACCUUACCCAAGCAGAUCACACAGCAUUCAGUUGGGAAUGAUGCAUAUACCAUGUUCAUAAAAUAG